AUGGGGGCUGUCCGCAGCCUGGGGUGUCACAGGACCACAAGCCUCCGAGGUACAAUGUCUGUUCCAGGAUCCUACCAGGCGGCCGCUGGGCCCUCCGCGGUGCCGACCGCACCCCCAUCCUAUGAAGAGACGGUGGCCGUCAACAGUUACUACCCCACACCUCCAGCACCCAUGCCUGGGCCGAACACGGGGCUCAUGACGGGCCCAGAUGGGAAGGGAAUGAACCCACCUGCCUACUAUACCCAGCCAGUGCCUGUCCCCAAUGCCAAUGCAAUUGCCGUGCAGACAGUCUACGUGCAGCAGCCCAUCUCCUUUUACGACCGCCCGGUCCAGAUGUGCUGUCCUUCCUGCAACAAGAUGAUUGUGACGCAGCUGUCAUAUAAUGCGGGCGCCCUCACCUGGCUCUCCUGUGGGAGCCUGUGCCUGCUGGGGUGCAUCGCGGGCUGCUGCUUCAUCCCUUUCUGUGUGGACGCCCUGCAGGACGUGGACCACCACUGUCCCAACUGCAAAGCUCUCCUGGGCACCUACAAGCGUUUGUAG